AUGAAAUUAUUAGGCAAUUCAUUGUAUGGUAAAUCUAAUCAGAAGGAUAUAACUACAUCGAGACAUCUAUGGAGUGAAGCGACUUUAAAAGCCAACUUCGAUUCACAUCUUAUAAACUAUGAAAAAGUAAAUGAUAGUCAAUAUAUAGUUGAGAUAAAUGAAGAAGAAAAAGAAUUUGACUGUACACCUAAAUCUACACGACUAUCACCUAGUCAUUUGGGAUCAUUCGUUUUAUCUCACAGUAAAAAAAUAAUGAAUAAUUUUAUUCACGUGAUAGAUGGAUUUUAUAAGCCUGAAAUAUACUAUACGGAUACCGAUAGUUUAUACAUUUCGUCUAGCAAUUGGGAUAAAUUAAAUGAAGGUGGGUUGGUGUCUGAAAAUGAUUAUUGUAAAGGAAAGAAUGAUUACGGAAUUAUAUUUGGUUUAUAUUUAGCGCCAAAAGUUAAAUACAAUAUCAUUCUGACUUCCGACGGUAUUCUAAAAGAAAAGAAAACGUUUAAGGGUUACUCUAAAGAUAAGAUAACCGUAGAAGAUUAUAUUCGAUUAGCUAAUGGACACGAUGUAACGAAUGAAUUUAAGAAACCAUGGGUAAAAAGUUUCACCAAUGGAGUAAUUAUUCCAAAGGGUGAUGAUAAACAAAAGAAAGUUUUUAGAAGUUAUCUAAAUCUCGUUAAGAGAAAAGCACCGGACAAUGAAGGAAUCAUGUAUCCUUACAACGACGGAAAAGAAUUGAACAUGGGUGAAAACUACGAAUUUGAUAAUUUCGAUUAUCUAACUCAAGAAGAGAAUGAAGAAUGA